AUGAUCUGCGGCAACUCUUCAGAAAAAACUUAUUGAACACCCACUCUAUGUCAGAUGAGGGCAGGCUUAGGGGGAAAAUGACUUCUGCCUGCUUUGGUGAAUUUGGGGUCGAGUUCCUAAAUGAAAGAUUUUAAGAGAGGUUUGCGUUUCCUCCCGGACUCUUUUGAGCAACGAGUACUUCUUGAAUUUCCCGGCACGGGUUUCCUGCCAGAGCUCAACCCAGCGGUCGCUCGCGCCGGUGCUGGUUGCGCGUGGUCUCACACGCUUGUUUCUCGGUCUCAUGGCCGGUCUGACUCUAUUCGUGGGCCGUCUCCCGCCCUCCGCUCGCAGUGAUCAGCUGGAAGAGCUGUUCAGUCAGGUGGGUCCGGUGAAACAGUGCUUCGUGGUGACAGAGAAAGAGUUCAAGUCCAUUUAAGAUUCUGCUUCACCCAUAACCCACCACCAUAGCCAAGGAAGGCAUUGCUGCUGGAGGUGUAAUGGACAUUAAUACUGCUUUACAAAUGGUGCCAAAGACCACCCUCAUUUACUGUGGCGUACAAUGUUGAAUUGGAGAAGUUGCCAAAGCCUUAAGACCAGUGCCAAGCCCAUCUCUGUGGAAUGGAGUAAAGCAUGCCGGGGCUUUGGCUAUGUGACCUUCUCCAUGCUGGAAGAUGUUCAGAGGGCCCUUAAGGAGAUCACUACCUUCGAAGGUUGCAAGAUCAAUGUGACCAUUGCCAAGAAAAAACUGAAGAACAAGUCCAAGGAAACAAGGAAAAAUGAAAAUUCAGAGUCCCCAAAAAAGGAGCCAAAGCACAAAAAAGCCAAAGUGGCAGAUAAGAAAGCCAGAUUAAUUAUCCGGAACCUCAGCUUUAAGUGUUCAGAAGAUGACUUGAAAUCAGUAUUUACUCACUAUGGAACUGUUCUGGAAGUGAAUAUCCCAAGGAAACCAGAUGGAAAGAUGCGUGGUUUUGCUUUUAUUCAAUUCAAAAACCUCCUUGAAGCAGGAAAAGCUCUCAAAGGCGCAAAUAUGAAAGAGAUAAAAGGGCGGACUGUGGCUGUGGACUGGGCUGUGGCCAAGGACAAAUACAAAGAUGCCCAGCAUACUUCUGUCUCAGGUGGAAAGAAGAGCAGCGAGCGUAAGCCUAAGGAGUCGAGUAAGAAGAGCUGCAGGGUGGAAGAGCAAGUAGAAGAUGAUGAUGAUGAUGGUGAAGAUGAAGAAGAUGAUGAUACCCAAGAUGAUGAGGACGAAAGUAGAGACUCGACGGUAGCUUCUCCUGUGAGCGUGCGGAAGAGAGCAGUCAAGAGAGCAGCUCCCGAGGAAAGCACCGAGGAAGACACUUACGAUGACAGCGAUCUGGAGGAAGGGAGCAGCUCCUACGGCGACGGGACGGCACACAGCGAGAGCAGCACUGAAGAGCUGGAGGACGAAGAUGUUCCAGUCUCAAAGAAAAAGAAGAGGAAGUUACCCUCCGAUGUGACUGAAGGGAAAACUGUCUUCAUCAGAAAUCUUUCAUUUGACUCAGAAGAGGAAGCGCUUGGGGAGGUCCUCCAGCAAUUUGGUGAUCUUAAGUAUGUCCGGAUUGUCUUGCAUCCAGACACAGAGCAUUCUAAAGGUUGUGCAUUUGCACAAUUCGUGACUCAGGAAGCAGCUCAGAAAUGCCUUGCAGCAGCUUCUCCAGAGACCGAGGGUGGUGGGCUUAAACUGGAUGGCCGGCAGCUCAAGGUCGACUUGGCUGUGACCCGUGAUGAGGCAGCAAAGCUUCAGACAAAGAAGGUGAAGAAGCCAACUGGAACGCGGAACCUCUAUCUGGCCCGAGAAGGCUUGAUCCGCGCUGGGACGAAGGCUGCUGAGGGUGUGAGUGCCGCAGACAUGGCCAAACGCGAGCGGUUUGAGCUACUGAAACAUCAGAAACUCAAGAACCAGAAUAUCUUUGUCUCCCAGACCAGGCUUUGCCUGCACAACCUCCCGAAGUCAGUGGAUGAUAAACAGCUAAGGAAGCUGCUGCUGCAGGCCACUGGAGGAGAGAAGGGGGUUCGCAUUAAGGAGUGUAGAGUGAUGCGAGACCUAAAGGCAGUUCAUGGAAAAAUGAAGGGUCAGUCCCUGGGCUAUGCCUUUGUGGAGUUCCAAAAGCAUGAGCAUGCCCUCCGAGCCCUCCGCCACUUCAACAACAACCCGGAGACCUUUGGGCCCCAGAAGAGACCAAUAGUGGAGUUCUCUUUAGAAGAUCGAAGGAAACUUAAAGUAAAGGAGCUGAGAAUCCAGCGCAGCCUGCAAAAAAUGGGAUCUAAGCCUGUGACCAGUAAGCCCCAAAAGGAACAGAAAGAACAAGGAAAAGACAAGCAACAGAAAGCAGCUCAGGGCGGCACGCGGGAUCAGAGUAAGGCGCCUGGAGAGCAGGGGAAGGGCCGCUGCACCUCGUGGACAGGGUUCCAGACCAAGGCCGAGGUGGAGCAGGUGGAGCUCCCCGACGGGACAAGGAGAAGAAAGGUCCUGGCGCUCCCUUCACACCGAGGCCCCAAAGUGAGGCUGCGGGACAGAGGCAAAGUGAAGUCCCUUCCUUCUAAGAAGCCAAAGCCCCAGAUGGGCCAGCGGAAGCAAAAGAAGCAGCAGUCAGCUUCUUCCCUGCAGGCACCUAAGAAAAAAGCUAAAGAAAGUAAGGCAGAAGCCCACUUCAACCGACUGGUUGAACAAUAUAAGCAGAAGUUGUUGGGCCCUUCUAAAGGAGCAUCCCUUGUGAAGAGAAGCAAAUGGUUUGACAGCUGAUCGUGCCUGCAGCCUGUAAGAAAGCCAUGUCUUUCACUGAGGAAAGGAUCCUAGAUGAUACCCACUUUCUUGGGGACUCUGUGGGUUGUCUACAUUCUUGGUCCGUUCUCCAGUGUGGUGUUUGUUAGCCACAAGGAAACACCUGAAAAGCACCAUGAAGGUUUCUAACUUAACCGUCUUAGUGCUAAAUCUGCACAUGUAAUUGCAACUGAUUUCUAAUCUCUUCUCAGAUGGAAACUAUUGUAAAGAGUGUCCCAGAGUACUGAAUUUUAAAGAUGCAUAUUUUGUUAUGGAGUCUGUAAGUGAGAAAUUGUGACUUUUUGGAUGUGUCUCAUUUUUAAUAUACACAAAUAUAUUAUUUAUGAGUUUUUCUAAAAGAACCUUUUUAACAUUUUUAAUCGGUUACAGAGUUUGCACAACUAGGAGCAGAGAAAAUGCUUACUAAAGUAGUCUUGAGUGCUGGAGAUGCCAGGGAAGGACUGAAGGCCGUCCGUCUGGCAUCAGGCAGCACCUGAGAACUGUCUGUCCCUGGCGGAGGGGCUAACUGGAGAUAUGGUUGCGGGCUGGGCACCAGCCUGACCACACAUGGCCCAGAUGUGCCCCUCAGCACCUUCUCCCAGGGACUGAGCUCUCUGGUGAGGGAAGGCAGUGGGCACGAGGCUCUGACCUAUGGGCCUGAAGUCUUACCUGGUCCUGCAAAAUAAACAGUUUAACCACAUGGA